CUUUAUAAAAUAUGUGUCUUCCACGUCCCUCCGAUCCACACAGUUUCCACAACCAUCUACUACUACUUAUCACAGCCGUAUUUGAAGGACGGGUUACCUCUACCUGCCAUUAGCACUAUCAAUAUGGCAGCCACUAUCCAGGAAGUAGGCCCUACAGAGACCGCAACCGAGGUCUUCAGCUCGGAGAAACCGCCGUUUACCACCGAGUUCGAAAUCUCGCACGCCGAGAGCGUGCCCUCGCAACAUGACAGCUCUGGCGCUGGCGCUGAGUCGACACCCAGCUCAUCGCCCUCUAGCGCACCAUCGCUGGGGAACGAGAAUGAGGAUCACAAGCCUGGUAGUUUGAGCCUUCAUGAUCCGAGUCUGGAUGAAAGGCUUGGGCUGGGCUUGGAGCCGAAUGUCGAGCUCGCGGAGUUGUUUGCAGAGAAUGUUGUUGCGAAGAUAUGGAAAGUCGCUGUGCGCGAGCUGGAGAAACAGAAUCCCCCCACCACCUACCCUGAAUUUGUAACCACAAGCGGCCCCCUCGCAAACACAUACACCAUGACCGAAGCAGACUUCUGGACAUGUGGGUUCUUCCCCGGUAGUCUCUAUGCCCUGCUCGAGCGCGCAAUGAAGUACCCGUCGGCGCUUCCUAUCCCUACCGCCCUCCGCCGCGACUUCACAGCACAGCUGACUUCGUUGAGUCGCUGCUGGGCGGAGCCGCUACACGCGAUGGCGCAGCGCACCGAUACGCAUGACAUGAGUUUUAUCAUCCAGCCGGCGCUGCGGAUGGACUGGGAGCUCACGGGCAACCCUCGCAGUCUAGCGAGUGUCCUGACGGCGGCGACGAGUUUGGCGAGUCGCUUCUGUGAGAAGGUUGGUGCUAUUAGGAGCUGGGAUCGGACAGAAAAUGCGAGGUUUACGUUUGAUGAUAUGGAGGAGGACUUUUUGGUUAUAAUUGAUAGCAUGUGCAAUCUAGACCUUCUUUACUAUGCAGGUGCCCAGACUGGAAACCAGCGGCUGAUUGAUAUCGCGACAACCCACGCACACACCGUCCUGAGAGCUAUCGUGCGGGACGACUGGUCGACAUAUCACCUCAUCGACUUUGACCCCAAAACGGGCACCGUAAAGCAACAGCUCACGAACCAAGGUUAUCGCGACUGGUCUACAUGGAGCCGAGGUCAGGCAUGGGCAAUACUUGGCUUUGCCCAGACCUACACCUGGACCCACGACCCCGUCUUCCUCGCUGCCGCCAUAUCCCUUGCUGACUACUUUCUCGCGCGCCUCUCUCUUGCAACAGCCUCCGGUCUAUACAUCCACCCCUAUGUGCCGCUGUGGGACUUCGACGUUCCCGCCUCGCCAACCCCUCCUCGCGACACCUCCGCGGGCAUGAUCGCCGCGAACGGCAUGCUGAUUCUCCACCAGACCCUUCUUGGUGCCGGGCGAGCCACCGUAGCCGCGCGGUUCCUCGCCGGCGUGCGAUGCAUCGUCGCGGACACGCUGGCGCUAUCAUUGGCUGCGAAAAGCGCCUUUGCAGUCCCGAUACCAGACGCCCCCGUGGACGCCGAAGCGUAUCCAGUGGUGGUGGAGGUAGACGAUGGGGAGAAAGGAGGGGAGGCAUUCGAUGCGAUCCUCAAGAAUGCGACGGCGAACAAUAAUGAGUUCUCGUAUAAGAUCUACAGCGACCAUGGGCUCGUGUAUGCGGAUUACUACCUCUUAGAGCUAGGAAAUAAGCUGCUGAGGAUGGGGCUGGUUUAGCUUCGUCACAUGGGGAUAUUAGUAAUGACUGUUGGUGUAAAAAGCAGGGCAGAUAAUCAGGGAUGCAGUAGCAUAUAGAGGACGUUGAGAGUGGAGAUUAGAGCUGCUUUAUAUUUAUUUUUCCUCAAUAAAUA